UAUGGCACAUUUUCUCCAGGUCCCUUUCCCUUAAUGGAUUCUCCGAGUUUUCCCAAUUUUUGCAAGUCUUACACCAUCACACCCAGUUCUGGAGUCAUUCCCAGCCCUGAGCCAGCAAAUCCCACUGAAUUCUGACUCCCACAUCAAGGGUUUGUCCAUUCAACCCCACCCACUCAUCUGAUAAGCCAUAAGCAUCCUCAGGGAUCUUCCUCGCCCCUUUUCCUCCCCAUUCCUUUAAUCCCAGGAUAUUUUAACCCUUUCCUGCUUCCCCAGGGCCUCCUGGCUGAGCCGCUGGCCCCAGCCCUGCUGGGAUUCUUCACAACAAGUUCAGAUUUCUGCUUGGGUUGGGAUUUUUGAGUUUCGAUGUUAUUCUUGUGGAGGAGGGAGAGGAGGGUCUUGUGGAGAGGAGGAUUUGAAGAGAUUCACUUCCUGCCCGGCAUUCCUGGGCACUUAACCCUUUGCCAAACAUCUCCCUACAGAUGGGGGAAGCUCCUUCUGCAAAGCACAGAGAACCCCAGAGAGGCUGGGAACCAGCUUUGGGAUGCACUGGAAAAAUUCUUCGGUUGGGUCCACUCUUGGUAGGAAAAAAAGUCUGCUUUGGGGAAUUUUGGCUUACAAUUGAUUAGAAUCCUUAAAAUCUACAGAAAUCUUUGGUUUAAAAUCAACAAGAGGUGACAUGAGCUUUGAGGCCACUCCCAACCCCUUCUGUGAUUCCACGGCCCUCCACCCCAAAAGAGAGUUCCUCCUGUACUAUGCAAGACUCAUCCUGCUCUUUGCUGGUUUUCUAACCUUCAUCUUCAAGAGUCGCCAAAAUAUUGAUUUUAGAGCACGUGAUUCACCUCUGCCUCUUUUGCUUCCCCUUCUCCUUCCUCCUCUGGUCUGCACCCAUUCCCACCUGGAUCCCGCCGGCUCCUCGCAGGAGCUCUGCUAUUGCCUUCUCCCCAGGGUGUUUUUACCCACUAUAAAAUAAAAUAAAUCCAUGACCAUUCAUGUUUCUUCCUCCUGAUGAAGAAACUGAGGCACGGGAAGGGGAAAUGAAGCCAAGACAAAAAAAAUCCCCCAAGAUUUUACGGGAAGUCGGGACGGACUCUGGCUCCCAGUCAGCAUCUCUGCCUUCUCUCCCUGGAGAAUUUGCUAUUUAUAGCUCCGCUUUGCUCCUUUAGAACAUAAUCAAAACCAUCCUCCCUCCAUAUGAGAACUCAUCCAGCGGCACUAACCCUCCCGGGGGAAAACUUCCCGAGAUUUGCAAUUCAGCCGUCCGAAACGCCUCUGCAACGGGAAACUUCCACCGCCGGAGCGGCGGCGCGGACACCGCACGGGACACGCUCAGCCCGGCACUGCUCCAGUCCCGGGCACAACCCGGGCUCCCUCCCACGCUACCGAGGAGGUUGCUCGGCUCAACCCCCCCCGAGUCAUUUCCUGCUUUCGCGGGGAAAGCUCGGCAAAGUCCCGCGGAGAAGGAGCGGCGCCGCUCCGGCAGCCGACACCCAACGGAGGACGAUGAAUUUCUGCAUCGCGGUGCUCCUGGUCCUUCAGUCCUUGCCGGGGAAGGCGGAGCUCGAAGAUGACAUGGAGGAGAUCGCACAGGAUUUAUAUGACUACAUGGCUCAUUUAAGCAAUUACUAUUCUUCCACAGAAGAUUAUUACUAUGACAACAUCACGGCAACCCCCGCCACGUACGUGUACGAGUUUGAUUCAUACGAGACAAGCACCAUUGGAUACAUGGAUUGGGAGAAGUUGUUUCCAGAAGAGAAUGCCACCACUGAGGUUUCAGGAUUUCCAGAUACAAAUGCUCCAGGGGAUUCCAGGGAUGCUAAGGACAGUCAGGAUUUCCAGGAGUCAUUGGGAUCGUCCCUGCAGGGCCACCUCACCCUCAUCAUCCUCCUCAGCUUCCUGGGUCUCCUGCUAUGAUGCCCAGGCUCCUCCAAAGGUACUCUGGGAUUUCAACACUCACUCAAUGUGUGUCCUUUAACCCAGGGAAAUCCAAUUCUUUCUGAAGCAGCGACUUUCCAAAACAAUGGAAAGAUAACAAGCCCUGCCAGGCAGAUAACAGCCAUCAGGGACCUCACCAGCAGCUCUGACCACCACUGAUGGCCUGGAGAGGCUUUCCAGGACGUUUUCCUGUUGGCAUUCAGUGGGACCUUCACGGGGUGCGAGCAGCCAGGCUCCUCCACCCAAAUAUCCUGUUCCAUAAAACCCUGGAAUGGUUUGGGUUGGGAUGAACCUCACAGACCAGCUGGUUCCACCCUCCCGCCCAGGUUCCUCCAAAGCUCCAUCCCACCUGGCCAACCUUUUCCCACAGCUGGAGCUCUCCAACAUCCCAGGAGGUGGCCAACUUCCAUCCUGCCACGCCCUGCUCACCUUUUUCCCUCGUUCCAGACACGGUGGCUGGGAUGGCGACCAGGACAUUGUCAGGUGUUGAUGAUGACAUCCUCUCCACGAGGUGUUGUCUCUGUUCCAGAACUGCUGAGAUGUUUUGUCUGGAGGUUUUGGUGGAGGGUCGGUGCCGCCCCGGCGGCGCGAGCACGGAGAGCUCAGCAACCCUUCAGUCUUUCCCUGUUUCCUUGGAUUCUGCUGUAAAUAAGAACCUCUGCCAAUAAAAUCCCCAACACCUGGUGCACGGUGACUCAUGGUAAAUAAUCCAGAACUGGAAUAACAAAUGCAAACAAUGCAUGCAAGUGCUUGGCCCGUCAGCAGGAUCUUCUUGAGCCUCUAAAACCAGCCAGGAGCUUCCAACUUUGUUUCUUCCAGAACUGCUCUUCACACUGUUUAUUUUCCAGGAACUCACACAAUAUCUGGGUGUGAUGAGAAGCUGGAUCAGAAAACCUCCCACCACCCCAACCCCCCCCCCCCCACCCCAUGGAGAGCAAACUGUCACAGAAAUGGGUGGUUUUGGUCAGGAAAUGAGAGUUAAAUUCCUUUUUUGGGGGAAAAAAAAUGCAAUCCCACACUCGGUGCCUAUGUUGCUUUUCCUUGGGAGAGUUAGCAGGAAGGAGAGAUGGAAAAUUGGCCCAGGUGUACCCAGGUAAAGGACAAAAGAUGUUGAGUGAAGCCAAGGGAUGUUGAGUCAAGCCAACAGGAGAUUCACGGUGGUCACAGUGCCCAGAGCCCUCAGAUCCCUCCAGAGCCCGGGGGAAUCUCCCGAGCCGCCAGAGCAGGUACGACCCAUUCCCAGGUUAUGCAGGCCCCCAGCUUUGGAAAGAAGAAAACUUUUGUUUCCUGCGGAAGGUAAAAAGCUCGAAAGGGGUUCAGAAGCGGCGGGAGGAGCGAGAGCGGAUGCGCUGCCUGGCAGUGCCACCUCCUGGCUCUGUGCUGCCAUAAAGGUGGAUUGAGAAAAGCCAAGAACGCCCCGGAAAAUGAUUCAGGAUCACACAGCAGUGAGAUUUCCAACCCUGGAGUGGAGUAAAAAGCAAUUAAAGGGAAAUAAAAGAUGUGGAUGAAGGUUAUGAGUUUAUUUCUAGAAAUCAUCCCUUUAAUGCAGACACCAAAAAUAAACCAGUUUGUUGUUA